GGCGCGCGCGACCCGACGCGACGACGACGGCGGAAGGCGUCGUUAUUAAUGAGACUGACCGAAACACAACAACAACGUGACGACUGCGAUAGGUACCUACGCGAUAUUAUUGUUGCGCCGCCACUAUCGCGCGCGGUAGUCUGUGCCAACGUGCGAUUAUGUACAAACCGGUGUUGGGUGUCGUGUUCGUUCUCGUCGCGUUUUCGGCACAUCCAGCGUGGUCGUCCGACGACGACGCCACUGCAGCAGCCACUGCCGAAACUGCAGCCGUCGCGUCGCCCGCCGACAAUUCCACGACACACGACGUAGUCCGAGGGAAUGAUACGAGUUCCAGCAUCGAGUUCAGUAAUAGCAGUACUGCCACAUGUGAAAAUGCCAGUCGUUCCAUUGAUGACUUUCCCCCGGACUUUUUCACUGACAACCAAAGACGUCACGGCGCUGUUGUCUUUCACUUCUUGGUGGCUUUUUAUGGAUUCGUUUUCAUAGCAUUCGUCUGCAAUGAUUAUUUCCUACCGUCGGUGUUUUGCAUAUGCUUAGACUUGGGCAUCUCACCGGACGUGGCGGGAGCGACGUUCAUGGCGACGGCCACGUGCGCGCCCGAACUUUUCGUCAGCGUCAUCGGAACGUUCCUGACAGAGUCUGACCUCGGUGUGGGAACGGUGGUGGGCAGCGCCAUAUACAACACACUGGGCGUAUCGGCGUGUGCCGGCCUGGCCGCGAGGAAAGCCAUCACAUUGGAAAAGUGGCCGCUGCUCCGGGAUAGCGGUGUGUACUUGGUGUCGAUCGUCGCGCUGGCCAUCAUCGUAGUGGACGACGUGGUCAUGUGGUACGAGGCGCUGUUUCUGCUGUUCAUGUACUUUGGGUACUUCCUACUGAUGUUCACGCAAGGAAAGCUCAGGACUGCCGCCAAAAAGUUGAAAAACAAAAACUCGUUCCGGUCUUGGGCUAUAGUUUUCGAUUAUGUUCAACGGCUGUUAAUCAAUGCAUUGUUUUAUGGGAAAUUUACUUCGAAUGAAUGUCGAAGCAUUUCAUUGCCUGAAAGUGGUGAAAAAGCAUGUCAAUAUGGAACGGCUACAAACUCGAUGAAACCACCGGCUUUCGACAUUGGUUACGGUGUUUACCGUUCAUUCUACUUCACGGAGUAUGUACCGCCUCCACCGCCAAAAAAGUGCCAGACAAGCAAAAAUCCCAAUGAAAUAAUGGACGACGAAGAACCGAUCUCCCCCAUAUGGAAAGUACCCACAGGUGCAUUGCCCAUCAUGUGGUGGGCAUUUUCCUUACCAGUAGCAUUCAUGUUGUCGGUAACAGUACCGGAUUGUCGGACAAGGCGUAAGGUGUACCCGUUCACGUUCAUCAUGUGCAUAAUUUGGAUAGGCAUCAGUUCGUACAUAGUGUCUUGGAUGUUGUCGAUAUGCGGAGACACAUUUCAUAUUAGCGACAUUGUGAUGGGCAUAGCGGUUUUGGCGGCUGGUGGCAGUAUACCUGAAGCCACUUCGGGCAUAAUAAAUGCCCGAAAUGGCGAGGGAUCGAUGAGCAUCAGCAACGCGUUAGGUGCCAACACAUUGGAUAUACUAUUAUGCUUGGGCUUGCCGUGGUUUAUCAAAUGUCUUAUGCCGAUUUCCAUGAAUGGUGGACCUAUUUUGAUGGAAACCAAUGAUUUAUUUUUUAACUGCAUAUGUUUAAUCAUCAGUGUGAUCGUGCUGAACAUUGCAGCAGCCGCGAAUGGAUUCAAAAUGUAUAAAACGUUUGGUAUCAUAUGUCUUAUUGGUCACUUUUGUAUCAUAACAAUAUUCAUAAUAAGCGGCCUUAAUGUUGUAAAACGCGCAGAAAUUGGGCAAUGUUAGUAUCAAAUAGACACUAUUUAGAAUAAAAUUAUUCAUUCAUUAGUUAUUAUCACUUUUAAUUUUUGUCAAAUUAAAUGUCAUACAUUUUAGUUUUAAGAAAAUAUUUACAAUAUGUAUGUACACUGUAUACAGUAUAGUAACUAUGAAGUAUGAACAUAGAUUAUUUUCAUUUUAUUAGUUUUAUUAAAUAUUAUGUUUAAACUAAUGUAGAUAUUUCGAACCAAUGACAUGUAGUGAACAUUAAAAUAUUAAGAAUAGUUAUAAGUAUUUUUAUAAAAAUAACCACCUAUUUACACAUUGUUGUGCCAACAUUUAUUUUACCAUUUAAUAUUAUUUGACUUUAUUAUGAAUAUUGACGUGUAUGUUAAUUACAAAUUGUAGGUCCUAUGGAACUUGUUUUAUAUUGUUUAAUCUAGUUGAAAAAUUGUAGAUUGUUGUUGUUUUUUUUUUUAAUAAACAUCAAUGAUGAUUUAAUUUAAAUAUUUCAAUAACUCAAUAAGAAUAUUAAAUAGCUAUAAGACUGAAGAAUAUAUUAUUAUAAAAUAAUUAAUUAUAACCAGCAACCGAUAGAAUACAAUUUCCAUUGAUAAUAAGAAACAUAGGAGACAAUAUUCCACUCAUGAAUGUUAUUUUAUAAAUAAUUAAGAAAUGUCGAGAUAUUUGUUACUUUAUUAAAAUAUAUAUGUAUAUUUUGGAAAUAUUGAUAAUAAAAUAACAAAAAAUAGUA